UAAAAAAAAAUGUUGAAGCUUAAUAAAGACGUAAUUUUUUUAAUAUUAGAAGAAUUACAAGAUGAUAAUAAGUCACUUUAUUCAUGCCUUUUAGUAAAUAGAACUUGGUGUGAAACAACCGUUCCGAUUUUAUGGAAGAAUCCCGCUAGACAAUAUUAUUCAACCAACAACGCUUAUAAUAUUUUAUUAAAUGUAAUACUUUUACAUUUAUCGGAAGAAUCAAGAAAUAAUUUGAAAUAUCAAGGAAUAAACCUUUUUAUGAAACCAUAUCAAAGACCUUUAUUUAAUUAUAUUAGUUUUUGGAGACAUUUGGAUUUAUUUUUUUUAGAACAUAUGAUAAAUGUUUUUGAUACGUAUACUGUAAAAUCCAAAAUUUUUAUUAUAGAAGAUGAGAUAUUUAAAUUAUUUAUUAAUGGAAAUACAAAUUUUGUUUCUCUUUUUAUUCCAAAAUUACUUAAUCCUCGUAUAUUCAAUAUUUUAGGGAAUGAACAUUGUUUUUCAGGACUUGAAUACUUUUAUUGUGAUGAUAAUACCAACAGUAAUAUUUUAGAAAGAUUGGCAAAGAUAAGCACAUCAAUUGAAAAAUUGAGAGUUGAUAUUAGAUAUAAUGAUGUUGAUAAUCCUGGAAUCGUUGAAUUAAUUGAAGGUCAAAAAAAUUUAAGAGAUGUCAAAUUAAUCUAUAAUAAUUCAUAUCUUAAUAAUGAGUCAUAUCGAAAAUCACUUGAAGAAUCGUUGAUUAAAUGUGCGGAUACUAUUCAAUAUUUGAGAAUAGAUUGGAAUCCUGUUACAAAUUUUCUUUCAACUCUCGUAAAUUUAGUAAGUUUAGAUUUGAAUUUACGCCUCACACAUUUAUUACUUGAAACAAAUUGUCAUUUAGAAAAAGUUUCUUUACCCGUUUUAAAAAUUUUAAGAGCACAGCAAGUCCCACCAAAGGUUUUAGCAAGUUUAAUUGAAAGUACAAAAGGACAUCUUAUUGAAAUAAGUAUUUUACAUCAAAGUGUUGAUGAUGGAAAACUUAUCCGAACAAUUUGUAAAUAUUGUCCAAAUCUCUGUUAUCUUAAAUUAUCAAUAUUUACCAAGAGUCUCACAGAAUUUGAAAAUUUAUUAAUUAGUUGUCAAUUUUUAAAUGAAUUAGAAAUUAUUGGUAGUUAUAAUAAUAUAAAUAAUUUUAAUUUUAAUGAAUUAUUUAAUUGGGAUAAAUUAUUUUCAAUCUUAACAAAAUCUUCACCAAUUAGUUUAUUUAAAUUUAAAUUUUUUUCUGCUUGGAAAAUCGAAUCGGAAUCUAUAAGAUUAUUUCUUGAUAAUUGGAGGGAUAGAUAUCCUAUGUUAUUACAACUUUUUUUAACAAAAAAUAAGAAUAUGGAGCAAUUACAUCAGCAGCAACAUCAGAAAUUAGAAGAUAUAAUAGAACAUUAUAAAAAAAUUGGCGUAAUUAAGAAAUAUUACAUUGAUGAGGUUUUAAUAUUCUAAUAGUAUUAUAUAUAAUAUAUAUAUAUAU